AUGCCCACCGCCCACCGGAUUGCACCCCAACCGCCCACGCCGCUCACGCCGGCGCUCGACCGUUCUACCUCGCAGCGACUCCCUGCUUCCAAGCCGCACAAGCCCACCGACCAGCUCUCUCGUUCGCACACCACUCGCGAUCGGCGCGAGCCGAAUGGCGCUCCGCACCCUCAGGCACUGGGGCCGCCCUCCUCGUUCUCGUCGAAGCCAUCCAAGACCUCGCCAGGCUCAUCGACGACUGACCUGCAGCUCAAGUCAUCGCCAUCACAAGGGCGCCGUGACCGAUCGCCCAGCUCGCGGUCUGCCCCACAGCAGCCGAGUGCGGCCACUGCGAGCCUGCAGAAGGCCGCCGCGGCGGGUGGGGCGACACCGCGGAGGCGGGAGCGGAAGGAAAAGGACAAGGAGAAAGAGGCGGAUAUCGUUUCGCGGCUACAGGCGAUCUGCACGGAUGCGGACCCGACGCGGUUGUAUAAGAACUUGGUGAAAGUCGGUGCAGGCGCAUCGGGCGGUGUCUACACUGCGUACCAGGUUGGCUCGAACAGUUCUGUUGCAAUCAAGCAGAUGGACCUUGAGAAGCAGCCCAAGAAGGACCUUAUCAUCAACGAGAUCCUUGUUAUGCGUGCCUCGCGGCACCCCAAUAUCGUGAACUACAUCGACUCGUUCUUAUAUAAGAACGAGCUGUGGGUUGUGAUGGAGUACAUGGAGGGCGGUUCCCUCACUGACGUUGUAACGGCGAAUUUGAUGUCCGAGGGCCAGAUUGCAGCGGUCUCGAGGGAGACGGCGCAGGGUUUGGAGCAUCUGCAUCGACAUGGAGUCAUCCAUCGCGACAUCAAGAGUGAUAACGUCCUGUUGAGUAUGAAUGGCGACAUCAAACUGACGGAUUUUGGUUUCUGCGCGCAAAUCUCGGAUGCGAACUCAAAGCGUACGACGAUGGUUGGAACCCCAUACUGGAUGGCUCCAGAGGUCGUCACCCGGAAGGAAUACGGACCCAAGGUUGAUGUCUGGAGUCUAGGUAUCAUGGCAAUUGAGAUGAUUGAAGGAGAGCCACCAUAUCUGAAUCAAAACCCGCUGAAGGCACUGUAUCUCAUUGCUACAAAUGGGACACCGACGAUUGCCAAUCCCGAGGCCCUGUCACCGGUAUUCAGAGACUACUUGUCGAAGACCUUGGAAGUCGAAGCCGAGAAGAGGCCGACAGCUGCGGAGAUACUCCAGCACCCCUUCUUCAAAUUGUCGGAGCCACUGCGGACACUGGCACCACUCAUCAAGGCUGCGAGGGAUAUAGCCAAGUCUAAGUAA